AUGAUUGAGGGGCAGCCACUAAGAGCAGGGCUGAUCCUGCAGCGCAUGGAUCCUUUGCAACUGACAAUCAAAGAUCACAUAGAGUUCAUAAUGCUGUAUGUAGCUGCCUCCUUGCAAGUGCCUAUCGUCUUGGGAAUAGAGUGGCUUCAGCUGCAUGAUCCAGAUCAAGACAAUCUAGAGACUGAUCUCAUACCUCUUGCUGAAUUUGCUUACAACAGUGCAACACACUCCUCUAUCGAUGCCUAUCCCAAUUCAGAAGUGAUCUACGUGUGGACUAACACCUCAGCAAAUUCGGUGGUAGUAGCAGAAGAUGGUUCUAGGCUUAACCAAUAUCACCUGAUGGGACAAAGUGUAGAUUCUGAAAACAUCAGUACCAGUACAGGGGAAUACACUAUAAUGAGAGCACACUUUCAUCUGAAAAGGAAGAUUGGUUAUUUUGUCAUCCAGACUUACCUUCCUUGCAUUAUGACAGUAAUCUUAUCCCAAGUAUCGUUUUGGUUAAACAGAGAAUCUGUCCCUGCUCGAACAGUCUUUGGAGUGACUACAGUUCUUACAAUGACAACCUUAAGCAUCAGUGCCCGUAACUCUCUACCCAAAGUGGCUUAUGCUACUGCGAUGGAUUGGUUUAUAGCUGUGUGCUAUGCCUUUGUCUUUUCUGCCCUGAUUGAAUUUGCCACGGUCAACUAUUUUACCAAAAGAAGCUGGGCCUGGGAUGGCAAAAAAGCUUUGGAGGCUGCAAAAAAGAAGAAAAAAGAGCGAGAAUUAUUGGCAAAUAAAGCCAUAAACACAUAUGCUGUUGGAAGGAUGACACCCACAUUAAACAUACCAAAGGACUCCACCCCUUCAGCCAUCUCUAACUCUGCUUCUGCUCCAGCCAUACCCAUUGAGAAACCAGCUGAAAACAAAAAGACCUAUAACAGCAUCAGUAAGAUUGACAAAAUGUCCCGAAUAGUUUUCCCCAUCUUGUUUGGAACAUUUAACUUAGUUUAUUGGGCCACGUAUUUGAACAGGGAACCUGUCAUUAAAGGUGCUGCUUCUCCAAAAUAA